GACCUGUCGGCCCAAAAGGUGACGGGGGAAUCAUUGGCCCUAUCGGACUGAAAGGAACCCCUGGACUGGUUGGCCCGAUGGGUUUAAAAGGUGACCAGGGUCCUAUCGGUCCAACCGGACCACAAGGACCGAAAGGGGAACUUGGUCAUGGACUGAAAGGUGAUGUCGGACAAAAGGGAGCACUCGGACAAAAAGGAGAGCCAGGCGCAGGAUCUGUCAUCAUUCUCUUCCCAGUGAGUUUGGACGGUGGAUUUGGAACCCAGCCAACCUCUGGUACCAUCAGUCCAGCAGUUACAAAUAGAAGUAGUAUAUAGAAAUAACAUAACCA